AAAAAUCUAUUUAUGCUUUGAUUUUUCAAGGGUAGGAGGUUUAUCUCAUUUGAUUUUUUAAAAAUAGCAAAGUAUUGUACAGGCACAGUCGAAGAGAAAUGUUAAGGAAAACAGUUUAAUUGUGCCCUCAUUAUUUGAUUAUUCUUUUUUCUUAUAUUGCUUCCUUGAGAUUUGUUAGAUUGAUAUCUUGUUUUGCUAAAACUAUUCUUUUUCUUCCUUUUUGGUGUCAAACCUGCAGAUUUUGGGGCUAGUUGGUGAUUCUGUUGUGCAGAAGUGUUCGUUAAUUAUAUAUUUGCCAAAGAUUUUAGCAUACAUUACUGCAUUAUUAGUUUACCUGCAUUGGAGCAUUGCAUAAGUGUAGAUUCUUUUGUGAAGUCAAGUAAGAUACUGAAAAUACAAUUUGAGACUCGGAAGCCUUCAGUAGGGAAUAACUAAAGCUUGUUAAAGCUUGUUCUCUUGGUAAGUUAUGUACAUAGUGGAAUUUUACUAAUUGUCAUUUGUGUUGGAACUUGGAAGCAGUGAAUUUUAUGAAUUAAAUAUUAUCCUGCAUUUGUUUAUUUACUCCCUUCAUUCUUUAGCACUAAAAAGGACGUCUAUAUUGAUGUUCUCGGUUCCGUUAUUCCGAUUGAACAUGGGGUUUGAUAUGAUUUUGAAUCUAAGUAGGCCAAUUAUUCUUGUCUGUUAUAAUUUACAAGGAAUAAAUACAGUUCCUUCUCCUUCUUUGUCAAGUUAUAGUUUUGAACCCUGUAUUUGCUCAUUGCAGAUAAUAGCUUUUAUUUUUUUUCCCAUUAUCUAAGGUUUGGUUACUAGAUUGGUUGGGGGGGGGGGGGGGAAUUCAGCUGUCAGCUUAGUUGGCUAGUGUAGUUUUUAUUUAUUUAUUUAUUUCCUGUUAAAUGAAGAUUAAUGGUGGAUUUUGUGUUAAGAUGUCCGGGGAGUGGAAAAGGUAAGUUAAUAUACUUUGCGUUUUGACUGAUAAUUGAAUUAAUAGAGUUGAAAACAUUGGCACUGCAAGAUUAACAUGUAAGAACCUUAUAUCAUUGCUUACCUCAAGUGUGAUGAUAUUGGCUCUACAAGGCCAACAUAUAAAAAUCAUAGAUGAGUUGUAUUGGUUGGUGAAGGUGGCCCCUAAUAUCUGGGUUUGAUGCAUUCACUUACCCACACAUUCAACCCCAAAAUAUUCUUAGGACCAACAUGUGUGAUGAAAUUGAACCGGUUAUUUCCAGUUAUGUUUUGUUGCUCUCCUAACCAUACUUCUUCUGCCUGUUCGUGUAACUAUAUGUUUUUUUAAAUGCUUAUCUCCUGUGUUUAUAUUAAUUUUAUUUAUUUAUUAAUUAUUAAUUUGUAUGUCAGAAUGUGUCAUAUUUUACUGGCAUGUUAUCACGUUCUGAAAAAUGGAAGUAAUUUUUGGUUGGUUACAUGCAUCAUCUGUUAUUCUGAUUAGUUUAAUAUUGCUAGUAGUUAUUACUGUGCGUGGAAGAUGACUGCUGUUAAGCGAAGAUUGUAUAGUGAUUCAGAUAUCCAUGCUCUUCACAAAGAAUUGGAUGAAGUUUCAUGUCCUAUUUGCAUGGAUCAUCCACAUAAUGCUGUUCUCCUUCACUGCAGCUCUUACGAAAAGGGCUGCAGAUCUUACAUCUGUGAUACAAGUUAUAGGCAUUCAAAUUGCUUGGACCGGUUUAAAAAAAUGCAGGCCAAUUCUAAGGACAGUUCAAAUUUAUCCAGUUCUUUAGUAAACACAAACAACUCUGGUAAUAGUUCUGAUAUUAAUCUCAAUAUGCAACCUGACUUGAAUGAUGGUAAUGAAAAUCACCAAAAUGAAAUCAAUACUGUAUUAUCUGUUGGAUUGCUUCAAGGAUCAAGACAGGGUGAUGUUCAAGAUCCAACUAGACAUUUCAACUCGCCUAAUGAAGGCAUUUUAGAAACUGUUGAUUCUGAGACCUUGCAGGACAGGGCUGAGCUUGAGGAGUUAGAUGUGGAUAAUUCAUCCGAGUCAAAAUUGAGUUUGAAAUGUCCCUUAUGUCGAGGAACAGUGCUGGGUUGGGAGGUGGUUGAAGAGGCUAGAAAUUAUCUCAAUUUGAAGAAGAGAAGCUGCUCUAGGGAGUCUUGCUCAUUUGUUGGUAAUUAUCUUGAAUUGCGUCGACAUGCUAGGAGGGUUCACCCGACCACCCGUCCCUCUGAUGUUGAUCCCUCAAGGGUAAGAGCCUGGCGACAUCUUGAACGACAGAGAGAAUAUGGUGAUAUUGUCAGUGCUGUUCGGUCAGCCAUGCCUGGUGCUGUGGUUGUGGGUGAUUAUGUCGUUGAAAAUGGAGAUGGUAGGUUCUCAGAUGAUAGGGAAGGUAGCAUGGGCGAUUCGAAUGGGGGGCCAUGGUGGACAACCCUCUUCUUGUUUCAGAUGAUUGGUUCAAUUGAAAAUGCACGGGAGCCAAGGCCUCGUUCUAGAGCAUGGACAAGGCAUCGUCGACCAGCAGGAGGUUCAUCUGACAGACGCUAUCUGUGGGGUGAGAAUUUGUUGGGUCUUCGUGACAACCAUGAUGCUGAUGAAGAUAUGCGCAUAUUUAGUGAUGCAGGUGAAGAUGCAUCUCCUGUACCGAGAAGAAGGCGACGCUUGACCCGGACAAGGUCCAAUGGGGAUCGUUUAUGAGGUUUGCUGAUGGCCAUCAUUGUUUCCGCAUGCAGGACAUUAUUCAAGCGUUGGCUUUGAUCUCACGGAGCGUGAUGAUGAUGCUUAUAUGGAAUGAAACUAGGGAGAUCGAUGAGCCAGUUUCUCGUAGUCCUGGUAUCUACGAUUUUCAUGAAGGUCCCUUCUGCCAUCCAAGCACUUAGCUUAAGGGAUAUCAAAGUUAUUGCUAAAUCGUGUGUUUGUUAAGUAGUCAUAGUUGGAUUGGCCCCGGGGGCAAAAGAAAAGUUAGUCAUAUUGGCAUAAUCUAUCAAUUAACCUAAUACUUUAGAUGUAUAUUUGUGAAUCUUUCUAUUGAUUGAACCAUUGUUUCCAAGCAUGUGAAUAGUGUUGAUCCCGUUUUUGAGUUAUUCGUGAUUUGUGAUUUGUGAUGCUACAAUUGUAGAAUCAUAUCACUUUGAAUUUA